GGGGGAGCACGCCCCCCCCCCCGCCGCCGCCGCCGGCCGCCGCUGCCGCCGUCGUCCUCGUCCUCGUCCUCGUCCUCGUCCUCGUCGUCGUCGUCGUCGUCGUUGUCGUGUCGGCGUCGUUGCCGUCGUCCCCGAGGCGCCCCCGCCCGAGCGCAGCCAUCCACCGCCGCCCCUUCCUCGCGUGCUCUUGCCAUGGCGGGGCAGCAGCCGGCGCGGGCCGCCGCGGCGCGGGCGCCCAGGGCCCCCGCCGCCCUCCUCCUCUUCGCCCUGGGCUCGCUCGCGGCGGGCGGCGGCUUCUCGCUGCCCGGGGCGCCCGCGCGGGCGGGCCGCGGCCACGAGGAGGGCCCCGCGCCCGCGCGGCGGGAGCUCCUGGGGGCGCUGGGCGCGGCGGCGGCCUCGCCCUCGCUGCCCGCCCUGGCGUUCGAGACGUACAAGGACCCGUCUGGCGCGUGGGAGUUCAAGUACGCCACUGGCCUCCAGAAGUCCGAGAGCAAGUUGUGGUCAUACUUCUUACGCGACCUCAUCGAGCCGCUGGAGUCGGUCGGCGUCAGGGUCUCGGAAACCAAGCGGAAGUCACUGGACGAGAUCGGCGACGCCACUGAAGUUGGGAAGAGGUUGCUGGCCGACAGCGUGCCGAACGGCGCGCCGAGCGAGAUCAUUAGUGCCACGACGCAGUACGACCGGGAAGGUCGGCGCCAGGACAUCAUCGAGUACGCGUACCAGUGGAAGUUCGACGAUAACAUGGCGAAGCAGCUGGGCAGGAAGAGGUUCCAGCUGCACAACAAGGCGCUGGUCAUGAUCGAGCGCAAGAAGCAGUUCCUGGUCCAGGCAAGCGUGGAGGAGCCCAGGUGGGCCAUCAGCGGCGACCUCCUGUGCACCGCGCUCGAUACCUUCAAGCUCAACGCCUGAUGGGAAGCUUUCGCGCACAGCACCCCGAGGAGUCGGAGGAGCAGAGGAGGACAAAAUUCGCCGGCCCAACGGGCCAGAGGCGUGCUAAGAUCUCCGGUAACUGGUUAAUAAUUCUCUAGUUCGCGCGCGCGGGGCGGCCCCUGGGGGUCCCCGGACGCCGACAGGGCUCUUGCCCCCCCGCGCGCGCGCUCGCCAGACGCCUCCUGUUUUUGUUUUGUUUUCUUCCCCGGACCUCUGCGGGCACGCCGCGGCGUCUUCGCCGCGAGGUUCAGCUGCGGCGGCGAGACUCCCGGGGGGGGGAUGGGGGGGAGGGGGGGCUGGCUCUUUCGCCCGCGCGGGCCAUCGCCCGAGUUCGCCCGGGGCGUGGCCCCCCGCCCCUCGACGGGCGGAGCGCGCGCGCGGCGCUGGAGGGCCCGCCCCGCACGAGAGGCUGCGCGCGCAGAGGA